CGCAAUAUGAAUUUAAAGAAUGAAAUACAAAAGUCGUACCGCUACGUACGAACAGACGAUUGACAGAGAAGGGCGAACCAUCGAUGAGAGCACGAUCAGUGCGAAUACGACUUACAAAUAUCCAGUCUAGAAGACGACCUUUACACGAAGAUGAUGCUGGUUUUGGCUUAGCCAUGUCAUUCAAGUUUGGUCUCGGAACAUCCUAUGCUCGCAGGUACUCCCAGCGAUGUGUCCUAUCUACUCAUUAUGGAGUGGUAUUCUCCGCAGCUGCUAUCAUCCUAUAUCUCCGACCGAUCUUUAUUACUGAGUACACCCGCGCAGCCAUAACACCAUCAAAUUACAUAUUUAAACAACAACACAGUUGUCAGGUUUUUGGUAAGGGGUCGGUGAUCGCUGCAAGCAGAAGAAAAGUCCUCAACCGUUCAAUCGUCCGUGGUCAUACUGUUCCAGACCACUAAGCAUAUUUUCCAAGGGCAUUUGUCGUGCUGGCCUCGUUUUGGAGAUUUAUUUCAAAAGUUCUUGAUUGCAUGAGUUCGUUCCAUCAACGCAAAAUACCGUAUAUUUGAUAUGAAUAUAUAAGUCGGCGUGCAAAUAUUCCUUUGAAGUGUGAACCCAAUUCGAAAUUUCCAUGCCAUGAGCAGCACCCAUUGAACAACACUAAAUGGGACCCAGGGGCAUGGGAUGUCAAAAAAAAAGCAUUAAACCACUGAAUCGCUACUCGUCAAAUCGGUCGGCCAUCCCGACAAUGGUAGACUCCAUCAAACAUCAUAC